AUGGCAUCGUCCCAAAUACGUCAGUUUGCCACCCUCAUAGAUCAGCUGCCCUGUGAAGCUGAUGAAUAUAACCUGAUGGAAAAUUUCGAGGAUUACAAUAAUUGUUUUGAAAGCUCUACGCAUAGUAAUAAGGGAAAAAAGACUGAUUCAUUUUCCCCCUUUAACUCCAACUUAAGCGAUUACAUAAAAAAUAUAUCGAAUGGUCAGGUGAGCUCCAACGGGACCAAUACAAAUAAUAGGAUGAAAAACUCCAUUUCGUCAAACGAUGGUGAUAGUUCCAAUGUAGAAAAUAAUACCAAUACGCAGAAUAAAAACAGUGAAGAGGAUAGUCUGAUCAGGUGCAACGGGAACAAUUUGAACAAAAGCGAGUCCAACUCGUUUGCAAACAAUAAACCCAUAGCAUAUUUCGAUAAACAAAAUAUGCUUUACGAAAAUGAUGUAAAUGUAAAUGCCAUGAACAGCUACGAUGAAUGCAGCGCUCUAUUUAUCUAUGAUAACGAUUUGACGAAAGAUAAGCAGAGCAAUUACAUCGAGACUCUGAAUAGCGAAAUGGACAACAGGGGCUGCGAGUACGAGGAAAGCAGCGGAAUACCCCUGUGCAAGAAAAACAUGAUUGAAAUUAUCAACUGUAACAACGAAUGUCUGACGGACGCGAAGUUCGCCAGCGGCAGGAGUGGCGCUAGCCACAAUGGUAGCAGCGGAGGCAAAAGUAGCGGAAGCGGCAAUAACAGGCGGGGCAAUACAGAUCAUCGAAAAAAGAAUGGAGACGUGUCAGUGUACAAUUUUAGCGCCCCCUUUAGGGACACAGCAUGCCAAGAGAAUGAUGAAAACAUCGUUUACAGGUACAGCCCCAACACGUUGCCCUCGAAUAGUGAUAGUUAUGGAAUUAAAAAGAAGGCUGCCAACUUUACAGAAGGUUCCCUUCCGAGUAAGGAUGUGGAGCAUGAUACAGAUCAGCUAUUGCACAGCUGCAAAAACCUUGUCCUCUCAGCAGGAGAGAGAAAAAAGGAAAGUCCUCACGAUAUAAACCCGUUAGUCGAAGAAAAAGGAGAAAAUCACCAAAUAAACGAUGAAGUAUUGCACGAACAUACAAGUAUUAACAAUCCGCAAAAGUGUGACCAGAACAGUAGCAAACGGAAGGGGAAUAAAAACGUCAAUGUAAAAAACACCAUUGACGAAAACUCAACGGUAAUUGAAUAUAAGGACUUUUGCGACAUGGUGAAAAAGUGUGACGAAGUUAAUAAAAAUAUUUUAUUCUCCAAAAAGGCAAAGGUAAUCAAAUUGGACGCGAACAAAUCAUUGAUUAUUUUUCCUGUGAACAUUCAUGACUAUGGAGACAAGUACAUUGCAGUGAACCAGAAGGAUCUCCUCGAGUACAUAUCUUCAUCCAUCGAAAUUGACAACGAAGACUUAUCCUCCCUAAAGAUAAAAAAUUAUCAAAAGGAAAAGGAGCUUCAAAAUAUGAAAGCAGCCUACAGUAUGCAGACAACCAACAUUCACUACCUCAUCAACAGGGUUAUAUUCAAAGAGUGUGAGUAUGAAAACUUAAAAAACAAAAGUUUGACACUGGAGCAGGAGAUAAAUAAAUUAAUCCAGGAAAUUAACUCAUUAAUCAGUCAGAACAAAGAAGGGUUGUACAUGCAAAAGGCAUUUAUUGAUUAUAAGUGCAAAUGUGUGUUGAAGUUACAAGAACUACAACCCUUCCUAGGGGAAUACUAUUACGACAUUUUUAAUUACAUCACGUCAUGUAGAACGUUAGGACAACUAAGCAUUUGGAUUCCUGUUUUUGAAACGAAAACAGAAUCUCUGGAAACUAUUGCAAAUAAUUUAAUUAAAAUUAUGUUAAACGGAUUAGGUGCUCCUUUCAAUUCAUCACCUCAGUAUUUUCUGUCAAACAAAAAAUUUUUGAAAAAGUCCAUAUCUAUAGAAUCCGAAGAUAGCUUUAUUAACAAUAUAGCUAAGAGGAAAAUCAUAGAUAAUUAUUUAGUCAACCAUUUGAAUAGCUUCAACACCACAAAGGAAAAUAACUCACACUUUUCUAACUGUCAUUCUUUAUGUCCAAACAGUGAGGUAUCGUCGUCCUUCCUCGGGACAGAAGAAUUAUUCCUCAAUUCGUCCAAGUUUCCCUCCAUGCAUUCAGUGAUACAAAAAAAUGGAAUCGAUAGUAACGGAAAUCGUAACAAUACUAGUAGUAAUAAUAGUGGAUGGAGGAGAAGAGACAGACGAGAAAAUUUUCUGAACAAGCUGAACAGAUCCAACACUACACCAGAGCACUUCUGUGUGAAUAAGGAGUUUUACACCAAUAGUGAUGCUCAUAGUAUCACAAAUGGACGUGAGUUUCCCGCCAGUCAUAUGCAGGACAAUGGCCAUAAAAUAGACGCUGCUUUGACGUCAGAGGGAAGGCAACCUCUUAAGCGCAAGCAGGGUGGCAACAACUAUGAGAAGGACAUGAAGAAGAUCAAAUUUAUUGGUAAACAAUGCAGUAUAAAUGAUUUUUCUCAUGACCAACUUGGUGGGGGAAAGGAUGAACGUAACCAGGUGGGAUUAUUCAGCAAGGGGGAAGAGUCCUCCCUCUUGGAGAAACCAUUUGGAGAAAGCAAACCCCACAGGGGUCACAAAACUGAGACGAAUGUAUACACCGAAACGAGAGACAAACUGGUGCAUGAGCUAUACAGAAACGAUUGGUGCCAGAAGAUACGUGAGCAUGAAUAUGAUUCGCAAAAUGAAGGAAAUGACGAGGAAGAUGUGGUCGGUGUUUAUAAGAGUAUGACCGAAAGUAAAUCGGCACUGACAUGUUGGCAGAGGAGUCAAAAAGGGGGACACGAAAAUGAGGCGUUUGACGAUCUAAUGGAGGUGGUCCAGGUGGACAAAAUGGGGGACGGCACCAUCCCCCCAAGUAUGGGCGAUGAAAGGGAGAGUGCAGCUAGCAGCGUCGUAGAGGUAGCAUCUGACGGGAGAAAAGUGCCCAAAGGGAGGAAGGUGAGCGGGGGGGAGCCUCAAAUGUGUAUAAACAUAGAUACGGACAUGGAGGCAGAAAUGGAAGCAGAGGUCGACGCGGAGAUUGAAGCCGAUAUAGAAAGGGACCUCAACGCAGGGGCGGACGCGUUCUUGAAUCACCAACCAGUCCAACGCAAUAACGCGCAACCUGGCACCCACGUGAGACGAAAGAAUGGUGCAGAAUUAGAGACACCCAACAAGAGCGAAGGAGAACACGAAUUCGCGAGCAAAAAGGGCAAUGCUGAUGAAAGGGGAAGGGAUGCUAAAUGCGCACCGAAAAAUCAGAAAAGGGCAGGUGAAGCUAAUAAGCAAAAGCGAUUCAAGGAACUGGCUAGUGCUGUGGACGAGAGGGGCCAGGACACGAAGAAAAAAAAAAUAAAGAGCAAAGGGAGAGGAGAGACGUGUCAUAAUUAA